AUGGAUAAGCCAGAAUCAUCAUCAGCUGCUGCAAAAAGAGGACUUCAGGAAAACCUCGCUGGAGCCCCGCCAGACUACGAAUUGCCCUGGGUUGAGAAAUACCGGCCUGUCUAUCUAGACGACAUCGUCGGCAACACAGAAACUAUUGAGCGGCUGAAAAUUAUUGCCCGAGAUGGCAAUAUGCCACAUGUAAUCAUCUCCGGCAUGCCAGGUAUCGGGAAGACUACGUCAAUUCUCUGUCUGGCGCGACAGAUGUUGGGUGAUUCAUACAAGGAAGCUGUUUUGGAGCUCAAUGCCAGUGAUGAGAGAGGUAUCGACGUCGUUAGAAACCGAAUAAAAGGCUUCGCGCAGAAAAAAGUCACACUCCCGCCAGGUCGACACAAGUUAGUGAUCCUCGACGAGGCGGAUAGCAUGACAUCCGGCGCCCAACAAGCCCUCCGUAGAACCAUGGAGAUAUAUUCUACAACCACCCGCUUCGCAUUCGCCUGCAAUCAAUCGAAUAAAAUCAUCGAACCCCUGCAAUCCCGCUGUGCCAUCCUGCGCUAUGCGCGCCUCACAGACGCCCAAAUCCUCAAGAGACUCACGCAAAUCUGCAAAACGGAGAACGUCAAGCAUUCUGAAGACGGGAUUGCGGCGUUGAUAUUCAGUGCGGAGGGAGAUAUGCGGCAGGCCAUUAACAACCUACAGAGUACGUGGGCUGGGUUCGGGUUCGUGAGCGGCGAUAACGUCUUUCGCGUCGUCGAUAGUCCGCAUCCGAUUAAAGUGCAGGCGAUGAUUAAAGCGUGUUGGGAGGGGGAUAUAGAUGCGGCUUUGGAUACGCUGAAUGAAUUAUGGGAUCUCGGUUACUCCUCACACGACAUCAUCAGCACAAUGUUCCGUGUGACGAAGACGAUCCCCAUGCUCUCCGAGCAUGCCAAGCUUGAAUUCAUCAAGGAAAUCGGAUUCGCCCACAUGCGGAUAUUGGAAGGGGUGCAAACGCUCGUGCAGCUCAGCGGGUGCGUGGCAAAGCUGUGCCGGAUCAACAUGAAGCCUGAGAGUUUUGUCCCAGGAAAACCACUACCACCAUUGAGUGAUGAGAAGGAAUUUUGGAUUGCCGUCGACGACCACGAAUUGAUGGGACAAACCGACAACCACUUUGGUGACUAUAGUGUUGCUACAUCUUACAGUGUUGGAGCGGCAAACUCAAAUUCAGCAUUUGAGGUGUGA